GAACGACCAACAGCUCUUACUUGAUACAUCCAGCUCCAAGACAGUGAAUACACUUCAGCAUUGACUCUUUGUAACCAGUUAAGGGAUCCCAAGCGUGGUCUACGUCUCCAGCUGCCAUAAUCUCGCAAUUCCCCAUAUUACCCCCCCCACUCGCAAUGGCAGACAUCCAAGCCACCCACCGUCAGCAGCGCAAGACCCGCCCCCAGAAACAACCCCCCCAAGGCCUCGCCGCCCUCCUCCAAGCCGAACGAGACAACAAGAAGCGAAAAGCCCCCUCCGACGACAACGACGCGCCCACAGAUUCCCGCAAGAAAUCAAAAGCCGACGUACCAGCUUCUCCCCCCCAGGAGCGGAAGGAAGACGAGGCGGAAGCGGUGACCACCGCCGCGCCGAUAGCACCAGCCCACCCCGUCGACGAAGACGAAUGGGCCGCCUUCGAACGCGACGUCGCCACCCCCCCACCGCAACUCUCCCCCACCUCCGCGCCCACCCACCCUCUCACCGCCCACGCGACGAUCGCCGCCGCCCCAGUGACUGCGUCGGAGCUGACGGCGCAGGAGCGUGAGAAGCCGGCGGGGGAAAUGCGGCGGCGGGAUGCGGAGACAGCGGCGGAGCAGGAGGACGCGGUGGUGGCGUUGGAGGAGGAGUUUGAGGAGAUGCGGAGGUUGGAGGGGCGGGUGAGGCGGUUGAGGGAGAGGAGGGAGGAAGUGAGGAGGGGGGUGGUGGAGGGGAGAGAAGUGGUGGAGGAGGUGGUGGUGGAGGAGGUGGUGGAGAAGGAGGUGGUGGAGGACGAGGAGGAAGAGGAUGAGGAGUAUGAUGAUGAAUGGGAUAAUUUGGGGUUUAGGCCAGGCUGA